UGGAUUCAAAUUUGACCUUGGAUGACUAGUCAUAUGAUUUUGGGCACUUCAUAGAACCUCUGUCUAUCUCGAUUUCUUUAACUAUAAAAAGGCACCACUCAACUUCUCAGAACUGCUGUGAAGAUCAAAUCAAAUCAAAUAUUUGUAAAGAGACAUACUAUGUACUUAAUAGAAGGUUGUUUCAUUCAUUCCUUAGUUUCCUGAUCUGUAAAAUAAGGAAAUUGAACUGAAUGAUGUCAAAGGUCCCUUCUACUUCCGAGUAAGAUUCUAUCACCUUUACAAGCUUAGCCUACCCCCAGAAGAUCAAAGUCUUUCAGGAUUACUAUUGUUCUGUCCCAUCCUAACUUUAAAAGUAUAAAAGGAUGUAAACUUUUUCUUCAUGGUUAUUACCCCCAUUUUGCCCUCUGGUAUUUGGGAGUGUUGAGAAACAGGGUGAGGCAUUAUUCAAUCAUGGACCACUAGAUGGGGUAGAAAGCAAGGUUUUCAUUUGAUUCAUCUGAGCAGAUUUCUCCCUUGUCCUUCUCCCCUUAUCGAACCACCCAACCACUCAAGAUUACCUGGACUGGCAAGAUUGUGGUUUCCUGGCAUCCCUGGUUAUCCCCUACAUCUCCCUGCUUGAAUUUUCACUGAAUUUCUGAAACUAUCCUUUCUCCUGAAAAACAAGACUUGCUCCCACUUUCCUUUGAAGGGUGCAUGGAGGAGGAAACAGGCACUGUGCCAGGAAGCCCCAGGACACACCCUCUGUCUGGAUUCCACUUCCCUACCCCAUUCCAUUCUUACUUUUUUUGUAGCUCCUGCUUGGAUCUGACACUGUUAAGACCCAAGUGAACGCUGGUCUUCAGAAUAAUCAGGCCCUUGGCCUCUACCAACCUCCUUGCCUUCCCAGGGGUGCAAGGGAGCCAGUAACCACUGAUUGACUGUGCUGAUGUGUCUGUUUGGGAGUUUCAUCCAAGAAAACUUGCCCCUCCAGUUCCUGCUGCUGAUGGGAGUACCUGUGGCCACUGUGUUCUUGCUGGUACAAUGCCUUGAUUGGAGCUGCCCCUUUAGCAGGCGCCGGAGGAAGUCAGGGACACUAGAGGGCUUGGAGGAACCUGUCCCUGUGCCCCUCUCUUUGCCAGAGGAUGAUAUCCCUAGGCAGAGUCCACCAGCUACCCUGACAGAGAUGGCCACCUUCUACCAGGAGCUAUACACACCCACUGAGGGCCGAACUGUGAUCCAGCAACUGAUGAACAAACUCUUGGUCUUUGCAUGGCGUGAGGUGGAUCACCAGGGAGGCUGUCUGCUGCUCAAGGACAUGGGCAUCUCUCUAUUCAUCCCACCAGGUGCAGUAGCACUGGGCCGCCGGGAGCAGAUAUCCCUAGCUCUGGUGUGGGACUUGUCAGAUGCCCCAUCAUUGUUGAGUAAGCAGGCUUUAGUGAGCCCUGUAGUGGCAUGCAGCCCCCAUGGAGCCUCCUUCCUGAAGCCCUGCACUCUUACUUUCAAACAUUGUGCCCAGAACCCCAACCAUGUCUGUACCUAUUCCAGCAAUACUGCCCUGCUUGAUACCAAGAUUUGGAAGCCCCUAGGACAGCCUGGGGCUCACACUUCAAGGGAUGAGUGCCGAAUCCCCAUCUCCCACUUCAGUCUCUACACCUGUGUACUGGAGGCUCCCGAUGCAUAUGAUGCCCGAAAAUGGCUGCAGCUAGCCGUAUUCUGCUCACCCUUGCUCCCAGGACAAUCCCACCUGCAGCUGCGUGUCUACUUCCUCAACAACACGCCCUGUGCCUUGCAGUGGGCAGUGACCAAUGAGGAACCUCACGCUGGGCACCUCCGAGGGCCCUGCCAGCUCUUUGACUUUAUGGGAACCCGGGGGGACCAGUACCUGAAACUCAAGUACAUCUCCGAAGGCUGGGAAAAUGUGGAUGACAGCAGUUGCCAGAUGGUACCCUACCUCCACAUUUGGCAUGGAAAGUGCCCCUUCCGCUCCUUUUGCUUCAGAAAAAAAGCAGGAACCAACGAGGACAAAGAUAACAUGGCACUGACCAAUGAGAUUAUUGUCACUAUGCACACCUUCCAAAAUGGCUUGGAGACCAAGUACAUGGAGAUCUUGAGGUUCCAGGCAUCAGAGGAGGAAAGCUGGGCGGUGCCACCUCCAGUCUCCCGAUCUGCCCCAUGCAACAGGUUGCCUCCAGAGCUCUUUGAGCAGCUGCAGAUGCUAUUGGAGCCAAGCAGUAUCACAGGCAAUGACUGGCGCAGGCUGGCAUCCCACCUAGGACUGUGUGGCAUGAAGAUCAGGUUCCUGUCCUGCCAGCGAAGUCCAGCAGCUGCUGUCCUGGAGUUGUUUGAGGAGCAGAAUGGGAGCCUCCAGGAGCUUCACUACCUCAUGACGUCCAUGGAGCGACUGGACUGCGCCUCAGCCAUCUAUGUCUACCUGGAUGGCAAGCAGAGCCAAUCUCCAACACCAUGUUGCACUCCAGUCCUGGCCCUCAAAACCAGGGAUAAUGAAGGCCUGGAGCUGGAUGUGAAACUUUGAGCUGAGGCCAGAGCUGUAGCACCUUCCCAAGGCCAGGGGAGCUGCAGCACGCAGCAGGCUGGACCAGGCUUGGGAAGGAAUCCUGCUUCCAGUCUCCCCUUCUCCAGGGACUUAGGAUGGAAAUUGGGAAAAUUUUUCCUUUGGACUUAAUGGAACAAAUGAGACAUCUACUACCAACAGGUCAGUCCUGGGUCUAGCAACAACGGUCUAAACAACUGGGGCAUGAAGAUCUUUCUGGCUUGGCCAGCUUCUCUGCAGACCUCAUCUCCUCAUCAGCAACAGGGUGCACAGGAGUCUCGAAGACAAUGGAAGCCUGGUUGGAAUCCUCCAAGCCUCAUCAGCUCUUGGACUACUGGGGGAGGAAAGCACCUUAGAGAUCACCUCAUCCUAUUCCCUAAUUUUACACAUGAGAAAAGCAAGAUCCGGACAUUUUACAGGACUUGCCCAGGCUACCAUCAAUAGCAUUUCUUCAGUAUUUAUUAUUUGUCCAACACUGGGCCAGGCAUUGUAGGAGAACAUGAUAAAAUAGAAAACUGAGUCUGUGCCCUUCUGGAAUUCAUGAUUCCAAUAGAGGCGGUAAGAUGAAUAGGACUGAAACCACAGCAAACACUAGAAGUGCAGACAAUUAACACUCUGAGUUCAGAGAACAGAGUUAGUGUGGGGGUAAGUGGUCCAGGAAGACUUCUUGGAGGAGGUGGGUCUUGAGCCAGACCUUGAAAAGGGAUGGGGGUAGCAUGAAAACCAGUGGAGAAAGGGCAGAGGGAAUUCUAGUUUGAUCAGAAAAACAUGGCAAAAGGUUUGGGGACAGGAAUGAGUCUGAUGUUUGGGUCAGUGUAGAGAAGACCAGGCUGAUUAGUGAAAGUGAAGGAAGGGGAGACAGGAGCAGAUACAACACAGUCCUCACUUGCCUGCCCACCUUUUCUAGUCUGUCUUUG